AUGAGUUCACCACUUCUCAAACCGGCGGACGGUAAGAACGGCGAUGAGUUCAGGGGUGGACGCAACCUCAGCAUUUCCGCUGGAACGUCUAGGAGCAUUACAGCAUCGCCGCUCUCACCUCAACCUAGCGAAAUUCUUUCAAUACGGCGUCGCCAGCGACUUAAAUGGCAGAGAUAUUCCGCCGGGGCCUGUGCUCUGGUGAGCUGUCUGUCCGCUGGAUCAAUUCUAUUGUAUUCGCUUUAUACUCCACUGUUUCAACGUCAUUUGCACUAUAGUCAAAUGCAAAUUAACGCUAUAGCUAUUGCCGCCGAACUCGGAAUGUAUCUCUUGGUCCCGAUCUUCGGUUGGAUUUGUGACAACUACGGCCCUGAUCGACUUUCUAUUGUAUCAAUUUUCCUAUUCGUUCCCGGAUAUCUCUCGGCGGCUUACUGUUACAAUAACCAACUCCCGUACAUGGCUAUGUUCUUUUCGUUCUUGCUUAUCGGUAGCGGAACCGUUAGCAUGUACCUAACGGGGAUUACAACUUGUGCGAAAAAUUUCACCAAGAAGCGCGGUCUAGCACUGGCGGUCCCAAUCAGUGCUUUUGGGCUGAGUCCAUUGUGGAUGAGCCAAGUCGCAAAUUCUUUCUUCCUAAAGGACAGUGAUGAUGGGAGUGGGACGAAGGAACUAGAUAUUAAUAGGAUAUAUACCUUUUUCGCCGUGUAUCUCCUUGCGAUUGGAUUACUCGGAUCUUUCUUCCUCAAGAUUUAUCCUGAUCCAGAUUUAGAUGAAAUUACCCUUCGAGGCGAAACUGCACCCUUAUUGACAUCGUCACCGACCGCAGCCGAACAUGUCGAGUACGGUGCCGCCGUCUUGUCAAACGAUCCUAACGAUAUACCCCCCGCCGUUAAGCGAAGACUCCUUAACGACGAUACUAGAAACUUUCUAUCCGAUCCUACUAUGUGGUGGUUUGCUGCAGGUGUCUUCCUUACUGCUGGGCCUGGCGAGAGCUUCAUCAACAAUAUGGGGGCUUUGAUAAAGACAAUUCAACCAGUUUCAAGGUCGCUAGGAAGUCCGACUGGAGAUGAGACAGCUACCCAUGUUGGAAUUAUUGCCGUAACAUCGACGGUCGCUCGGCUAUUUUCAGGCUUUCUCUCAGAUUACCUUGGCCCGCCGGUCGAACCUGCUCCUGUUCGCGAUGAGCAAGAAAGCAAGCGAUUUCGUAUUUCCCGGAUCAUGCUUAUCAUCAUUUUUGCCGGGUUUAUGCAGGUAGCGUAUCUCAUUUUAUCAUCAGGAUACAUUCAGCUACAUCCACAACAGUUUUACGUUAUAUCUUCACUCAUCGGAAUCGGUUAUGGCGCGGUAUUCACACUCUCGCCAACCAUUGUCUCCGUUGUCUGGGGUGUCGAGAACUUAGCAACAAAUUGGGGUAUUAUAGCGAUGUUACCUGCCGGUGGUGCUUCUGUCUUUGGCUUCUUGUUUGCAGCAGUUUAUGAUUCCGAGGCCAAACGCCAAAAUAGCGGGGAGCAUGGGCUCGGAGAUGGAUUAUGCUUUGGGUUGCAUUGUUACCAGAAAAGCUUCGCAGGUAUGGCAGCCAGCUGCAUGCUUGCGAUGGUACUUUGGGCAUGGGGAUGGAGAGGUCGGGGCGGCUGGGUAGCCCGUGGCGUAAGUGUUUGA